UCUGCUUAAUUUCCAUAACACUGCAUUUCAACUUCAUUGCAAUCACUUUGGGUGAUAGUUAACGUGCGCCUUUGAGUUUGAUACAAAAAAACGUUGGAAUGUCUGGUUUUUUCAAUGGGAAAAAUAUCAACGAAUUGUUUAGCGGGCUGCUUCGGUUCCUGGCUAAAAAUCCGCCAAAGAAUAGCGGUAGAACCGCAGAAAUUGUUUCCAGCAAACCGAUUAGCUCAAGACUCUACAGUAGUGAAAUAAAGAAGUGCACCCUCAUACCUGGCGAUGGAAUUGGCCCUGAAAUAUCUGCUGCAGUUCAACAGAUCUUUGAAUCAGCCAAGGUUCCUAUCGAAUGGGAAUCUGUGGAUGUUACUCCUGUAAGGGGCCCAGAUGGAAAGUUUGGCAUCCCCCAAGCUGCCAUUGACUCUGUUAACAGGAACAAAAUCGGUCUUAAAGGACCAUUAAUGACCCCAGUUGGUAAAGGACAUCGAUCUCUGAACUUAGCCUUAAGGAAAGAAUUCAAUUUAUAUGCCAACGUGAGACCAUGUAGAAGCUUAGAGGGAUACAAAACUCUUUAUGAUGAUGUGGACGUGGUAACAAUAAGAGAAAACACUGAAGGUGAAUACUCAGGCAUUGAGCAUGAAAUUGUUGAUGGUGUAGUACAAAGUAUCAAGCUAAUCACUGAAGAUGCUUCAAGAAGAGUGGCGGAAUUUGCAUUCCAAUACGCUAAAGAGAACAAGAGAAAGAAGGUCACUGCCGUACAUAAAGCCAAUAUUAUGCGUAUGUCAGAUGGUCUUUUCCUUCGUUGUUGUCGCGACAUGGCCAAGAAGUAUCCCGACGUCAAAUUUGAGGAAAGAUAUUUGGAUACCGUGUGUCUUAACAUGGUACAGGACCCCUCAAAAUACGAUGUUUUGGUAAUGCCUAACUUAUACGGUGAUAUAUUGUCAGAUAUGUGCGCUGGUCUAGUAGGAGGACUGGGUCUAACACCCUCGGGAAACAUUGGUCUUAACGGAGCUUUGUUUGAAUCGGUCCAUGGAACUGCUCCGGACAUCGCAGGUCAAGACAAAGCCAAUCCGACUGCUCUCUUGCUUUCUGCAGUCAUGAUGCUUAGGUACAUGCAACUCACUCCAUAUGCGGACAAAAUAGAGCGUGCAUGCUUUGAAACCAUCAAAGAAGCCAAAUACUUGACAGGUGAUUUGGGCGGAAAAGCGAAAUGCUCAGAAUUUACGAAUGAAAUCUGUAGCAAAAUCUCCCAGUCUUAACUGGAACGUAAGUAAAAUUUGAGCAGUUAUAUUUCAGGGUUCUUUAUUUAAUUUUGCAGGCGGAUAAGAUUAAAGAAGCAUUUUUAUUGUUUGACAGUGAUUUAUGCACUUUUCUCAAUUAACUUUUCACAAGAUUACACAAAAUGACAAAUACUUAUCCGAUAUUAAUAUUGUUGAUUCAUUGUGCCUUGUUUUAUAGUAAGUAUAAAAAAGUCGUUUCAAUAUAAACAUAAUAAUUAAAUUGUUUUAAGUAUGUUGAACACCUGUUACUGUUUAUACUUGCAAGAUCUGUGCGAUUUUUCAUUUCAUACCAAUGCUGUCAAGUAAUGAAGGCAAUGUAGACCAAAAAUAUCACCAUAGAACGUAUUUAUUUAUUUUUUUUUAGGUUUGUUGUAUUAUGAUCUAGAAGUUUUGUCAGUGUAAAAUGUUUUGGAACAAUUACUUUCCUGUCUAUAACCCUUUUUGAGAGUAUCCAAUUGCAUUAGGACAUCAGAAAGUACUUUCUAGUGUUGUAUAGAUUUUUAAAAUGUAAUUAAUUGUUUGGAGAUUAGUUCGUAUCUAGUACAUUUUUCCAAUUCAUGUUACCAUUUUAUCGAAUUAAUUACCAAUAAUUAAUGUAUAUAUUAUUUAUUUACGAAUUAUAGGAUACAUUUCAACAGU